CAGUCAUCAGACUUACGAUCCGAGAGUUAAUUUCGGAGAAAACCCUCCCGUCCAACGUCGGAUAUCAUCAACAUGACAACAAAUCACAUCGAAACAUACGGUACUACAUCAUCAGCCGCCUUUAGUACUCCGGUUGCUCCUCAAGAAAUACUGCUUCAUGACAAAUAUAAUUAUGAGGAAUGGAAGGUUCGAGUGAAAACGUACUUGCUGUCUCAAGAUCUUUGGCAGGACGUUCAACAAACCGACGAACCCUUUCCGGGAAGAGGACGGGAGAAUUUCUUGGCUUUACAUGUGAUCCAGAUUUCAUGCGGCCCACAGCCAUUUAAUGAGAUUAAGAACAUUAUGAAUGCCAGAGAAGCUUGGAAGACUUUGGCAGAUAGGUAUGGACGGCGGGAUGUGGCUAGCAAGCAAGAUACAUCGGAGGAGAAUUCCAUGAGUCCCGGAUGUCGAUCAAAUGAAGAGUACUUAUGUAGCUAUGAGAAAUUGUACAAUGCUGUGCGAGACGGUAAUCUGGAUGAGACAAAUAGAAUUCUUUGUAUAGAGCCUCUACCCCACAAUGCAUUGAAUAGGACAAUCCCAAAUAAAGGCGAAACGGUUCUUCACACUGCUGUUACAAAUGGACAUGAGCAUAUAGUGGAGGCGUUGGUGAUGCAAAUGUCGAAUGAGGGCUUGGCCAUGUAUGAUAGUGACGGUUACACAGCUCUAACCACAGCAGCCGUGCUUGGGAAAUGGCGAAUGGUGGAGUGCAUGCUUCGAAAGUACCCUUACUGGAUCAGCAUUAGACAUGCCGAAGGGGAAAAUCUUCCAGUUGUUAUGGCUAUUGAUUUCGGGCAAAUAGAGAUGGCGCGCCAUUUGUAUUAUCUUACUCCAGAUAAAGAUUUAAUUCCACAGGAUAAUGAUCAGGAGAUUCAGGACCGCAAUGGUGCUACGCUUUUUACCCGUGCCAUCUAUACCGGAACUUUGGAUAUUGCUUUGGGAUUAAUCCUAACCUGCCCACGUUUGGCACUGGCUCUGGACGAGUAUGGCGAGUCUCCCAUCUUAGCAUUGGCCUCUAUGCGUCAUUCCUUCCCAAGUGGAAAUCAGCUCGGGUUUUGGAAACAACGCAUCUACUCCUGUAUGCGCGACGUUCCAAUAUUGGCUCUUCCAACCGGUGACAUUCAUUUCAUGAACGUUUCAAACGGAGAGCAACGCCAAAGCAAUCAAGACGAUCAAAGUAACAGAUCAGUACUGUCAGCAAUGUUUCGCUAUUUAGUUUCAGGAAUCCAGCAGUUGUUGGAAAUGAAAAAGAUCCAUGUCCAAUCCGAUGCACUUCUUUCUCAAAUGUGUAAAGUGAUAUCAGAAUCAAGAACUCAACAACUUAUGGAUGGUCUAGUUUAUACUGCCAUUAGCCGUGCAGCCAAGAAUGGGAUUUUCGAGUUUGUUUCUAAGAUGCUUGAAAUGGAUCAGCGAUUUUUAUGGACCACAGAUAGAAAUCAAAGGAACAUAUUUAUGCUUGCCGUCUUGCAUCGUCAAGAAAAAAUCUUUAACAUUCUAUACGGGCUGGAUAGGAAGAUCAUGAACUACUCAUUGACAUCUAAAGAGGUAGAGGGAAUUGUCCAUCCCAAGGCUAAGGAAAGUACCAACAAUGAUGGUUUAACUCCCCGACAAUUGUUUACAAAGAACCACAAGAACUUGAUGGAAAAGGGAGAGAAAUGGAUGAAGGGUACAGCAACGUCAUGCACUGUGGUGGGUGCUCUGAUUGCUACCAUUAUGUUCGCUGCAGCCUUUACUGUUCCGGGUGGCAACGAUCAAACUACAGUCACCCCUUUCAUAUUGAUGCAGUUCCCCCUUCUUAAAAAUAUGGUCUUUUCAACCUAUGGACCAGGCAUCUUCGACAGGAAAAAGAAAAGGUUUAUCAUGUACAUAUUGUGA